UUUUCACAAACACAAACUACCAUUACUUGACAAAGUUCAAGUAAAAGGGGAAAAAAAAAAAAUCCAAUGGAGGCCUUCAACAUGAGCAUUUCCAACCCUUUGCGCUCUUUGUUAUUCUAUGGCAUUUUUCUUCUCUUUGCAAAUGCUGCGUCUUUAGCAAAAGCCAAAGUUCACUACCACGACUUUGUUAUUCAAGCAACACCAGUGAAGAGGCUGUGCAAUACGCACAACACCAUAACUGUGAACGGGCAAUUCCCCGGACCAACUUUGGAAGUGAACAAUGGAGAUACUCUAGUGAUCAAGGUUGUCAAUAGGGCUCAGUAUAAUGUCACCAUUCAUUGGCAUGGGGUGAGGCAAAUGAGAACAGCAUGGGCGGAUGGACCAGAAUUUAUCACUCAGUGUCCAAUUAGACCAGGAGGGAGUUACACUUAUCGGUUUACAAUUCAAGGACAAGAAGGGACACUUUGGUGGCACGCACACAGCUCAUGGCUAAGGGCCACUGUUUAUGGAGCCCUAGUUAUUCACCCUAAAGAAGGAACGUCCUACCCAUUCCCUAAGCCCAAAAGAGAAACACCUAUUCUGCUUGGUGAGUGGUGGGAUGCAAACCCCAUUGACGUUAUUAGACAAGCUACACGAACAGGAGGAGCGCCUAAUAUAUCGGAUGCUUACACCAUCAAUGGUCAACCAGGUGAUCUUUACAACUGUUCUAGUCAAGAUACUACCAUAGUACAUGUGGACUCGGGUGAGACGAACCUCCUUAGAGUCAUAAACGCUGCACUCAACCAACAACUUUUCUUCUCAGUGGCCAACCACAAGCUCACUGUUGUUGGAGCAGAUGCAUCUUAUGUCAAACCUUUCACCACAUCAGUCCUUAUGUUAGGACCAGGACAAACUACUGAUGUCCUCAUCACUGCUAAUCAACCACCAGCCCGAUACUACAUGGCUGCGCGUGCCUAUGCAAGUGGACAAGGAGCACCCUUUGACAACACUACAACCACAGCCAUUUUAGAGUAUAAGGCUGCUCCUUGCCCUGCUAAGGGUGUCAAGAUCAAUCCCACUUUACCAUCUCUGCCAGCAUUUAACGAUACUACCACCGCCACUGCCUUCACAAGCAGUUUCAGGAGUGCAAAAAAGGUCGAAGUACCAACCGAUAUCGACGAAAACCUACUCUUUACAGUUGGAUUGGGACUCAACAAUUGCCCUGCAGGGGCAAGCUCUAGUAGCUGUCAAGGUCCAAAUGGAACUCGAUUUACUGCAAGUAUGAACAAUGUGUCAUUUGUGCUACCAUCCAAUUUCUCCUUGCUUCAGGCACAUCACCAGGGCAUACCUGGAGUUUUCUCAACCGAUUUCCCAGCAGUCCCACCGGUUAAAUUCGAUUACACCGGUAAUGUGAGCAGGUCACUCUGGCAACCUAUUUCGGCGACUAAAUUAUACAAGUUGAAAUAUGGUUCGAGAGUGCAGCUUGUGUUACAGGGGACUAGUAUCCAGACCGCUGAGAACCACCCAAUUCAUCUUCACGGAUAUGAUUUUUACAUCCUUGCUGAGGGCUUUGGAAACUUCAAUCCACAAACCGAUACUGCUAAAUUCAACCUUGUUGAUCCACCUCUUCGUAAUACAGCAAGUGUACCAGUCAAAGGAUGGUCAGUCAUCCGAUUUGUAGCUGAUAAUCCAGGAGUUUGGAUUAUGCACUGUCACUUGGAUGUGCACAUUACUUGGGGUUUGGCCAUGGCCUUCCUUGUGGAAAAUGGAGUUACUGAAUUGGAAGCAUUGGAGGAGCCUCCGGUUGAUCUUCCUGUCUGCUAACUGCUGCAAAACUCACCAUAGAACAAAGUCCACAGCACUACAGAAAUCAUUUUUAAUAUUUUUAGUCCAUGUCAAUUGUUGUUAUACCCCCAUUUGGGGUAGUUUCUUUUUAUUUUUUGUUCGAUUAGUAGUUCCUUUUUUGAUACUCUUAUAUGAUUUGGGUCAAGAUGGUGCCAACACUUGCAAGUAAAGGCAUCAUCUAUUUUAAAAUAUUGUAUUCUUUCUAAGUGCAACAAAUAGAGAUGAAUUGAUUUCUGAAUAA